CAAAUGCAGGGAAGUUGUAACGGCGGGCGAGGCUACAAGGGGCAGGAGACAGGAGCUUGGGCUGCGUGCAAUGGGUUGUUUCUUAGCUGAGGGCAGGGGGCAACGCGCCGGGCGGAGAUUUGCAUUUCUCCUGCUGUGUCGAGAAAAACCCACUCACCCAGAUUCCUCAUAGAAAGAAGAAGGCAUAAAAGCAACAGGGAGGUGGAGCUGGAGCGAUUGCUGCAUCUGCUGCACAGGGAAGCGGGGGGGACCCAAAAACUAGAGCAUGAAAUUCCUAGAAGGGUUUGUCCAAAAGAACCCCUCGUGCAACUGCAGAGAAAAGGGGAAAAAGAGUAGGAGUAUAUGCAACUGGUGCAACUGAGUCACCCUUCUGCCGUAGCAAUAGGCAAAUUCCCCUCCGAGACACUUUACGGAGCAAAUGACGGAACCUGCUUUUCCAGCUUGCUGACUGGACGGGUUUUCUUGUUAAUUUUUAAAUGCAUGCGUUUCACAGGCAACGAGGCAAGACUACUGAAUUUGGUUGGAAAUAUGAAAGCUUUAGAAGGCUUUUAAGUCUCUUUCCAUGAAAUAGUACCCCAAAGACUUGAUUUUUUUACCCGACAAGAUCCAAAAUCCUAGCUGCACAAAAGCGGGCGAGAGAAAGAAACAAUUCAAAAAAAGAAAAUCUGGAACGGGUCCAAGGAGCGAGCAGCCAGCCAGCCCGUAGGCGUGACGUUGCAGAGUUUAAAGGGGGUAGAUGAGACCCGUCGGACGCUGAUCGGACGAAGAGGGGUGCCGGAGGUGCCUGGACUCGGUGGCUCUCUUGGAAGAGACCGCUGAAGAGCAAGGGCAAAGAAAUGCUGCUGGCUUCCGCCGUUGUGGUCUGGGAAUGGCUGAACGAGCACGGUCGCUGGAGACCCUACAGUGCGGCCGUGAGCCACCACAUCGAGGCGGUGAUCAGGGCCGGGCCGAGAGCUGGGGGGAGCGUCGUUCUGGGCCAGGUGGACAACAGGCUCUCGCCGUAUAUCAUUGAUCUCCAGUCCAUGCACCAGUUCCGCCAGGACACGGGCACCAUUCGCCCAGUGCGGCGCAGCUAUUAUGACCCCUCUUCAGCACCAGGCAAGGGUGUAGUAUGGGAAUGGGAGAAUGACAACGGCACCUGGACCCCCUAUGACAUGGAGGUGGGCAUUACCAUCCAACAUGCCUAUGAGAAGCAGCACCCCUGGAUCGAUCUCACUUCCAUUGGCUUCUGCUACAUCAUUGACUUCAGCACGAUGGGGCAGAUCAAUCGCCAGACCCAACGCAAGCGCCGUGUCCGCCGCCGCCUUGACAUGGUCUACCCGCUUGUCACAGGCACCUUGCCCAAAUCUCAGUCAUGGCCAGCGAGCCCUGGUGCGGCCAAUGUGUCUCCAGCUCCGGCCUGCACUUGUCCACAGUGUCUUCUUGUCAUGAGUAUCAAGGCAACAGUGGCAGCUGGGAGCAAUGGAGGAACUGGAGCUACAGCUAGCCAGCAGCCUCAACCACCACCACCACCACGUAAAGCUGUCUCCCUUUCUGGUAGCACCAAAAUCCCCAUGCCAGCAUCAGUUCACAAGCCGCAAGAUGGAACAGCCACUAUGCGCAGCUCUUUGAAGACCCUUGCAUCCCAAGUGAGCCGAAGGCAGGCAGUUAGCACACCUGCCCUCACCGCAAGCAACUCCCCUGCCAGUCCUCCUAAUGCCAAUGGCAAAGUGACACGGGCCAGCCUUAAUACACUGAACCGAACCAAUCUGCAGCGCCUGGCCAUUGCACAGUCUCGUGUGCUAAUUGCCUCAGGAGUCCCAACAGUUCCUGUAAAAAACCUCAACGGCUCAAGCCCAGUCAACCCUGCACUAGCAGGAAUCACAGGAAUACUUAUGAGUGCUGCAGGGCUACCUGUCUGUCUGACUCGACCUCCAAAGCUGGUUCUGCACCCCCCUCCAGUCAGCAAGAGUGACAUUAAAUCCAUCCCUGGGAUCUCCAAUACUUGCCGUAAGACUACCAAAAAGCAGACCAAGAAAGGUAAAACUACAGAGGAAGUCUUGAAAAAAUACCUACAGAAGGUACGCCAUCCUCCAGAUGAGGACUGUACGAUCUGCAUGGAACGCCUCUCUGCCCCCUCAGGCUACAAAGGGCCUCAGCCAGUCGUCAGGCCAGAAUUGGUGGGCAAACUGUCCAAGUGUGGCCACAUGUAUCACCUCCACUGCCUUGUGGCCAUGUAUAACAAUGGAAAUAAGGAUGGGAGCUUACAGUGUCCAACCUGCAAAACCAUCUAUGGGGUGAAGACUGGCACCCAGCCUCCUGGAAAAAUGGAAUACCACCUCAUCCCCCAUUCACUGCCAGGACACCUUGACUGUAAAACCAUCCGAAUUAUCUACAACAUUCCACCAGGGGUGCAGGGAACGGAGCAUCCAAAUCCUGGGAAGAGUUUCACAGCCCGGGGUUUCCCUCGACACUGCUACCUCCCAGACAGUGAAAGAGGCAGAAGGGUGCUGAAACUGCUGUUGGUGGCCUGGGAUCGAAGGCUGAUCUUUGCCAUUGGCACUUCAAGCACCACUGGGGAAUCUGAUACAGUGAUCUGGAAUGAGAUUCACCACAAGACGGAAUUUGGGUCUAAUCUCACGGGCCACGGCUACCCUGAUCCCAACUACCUAGAUAAUGUACUUGCUGAGCUGGCGGCUCAGGGCAUUACAGAGGAGAGUAUGAUGCAGGAGAAGGACUGAAAGUGUGGGAGGAAAGGGGAAGGACUUUGUCCUAGGGGCGGAGCAACAAGUAUAGCAGCGUUUGCAUGGAUCACGCUCCUCCCUCUUCUAUUGUGCCUGCUCUGUCCUCUCAUCCUCCUCCCACAGGCCUCUUAAAAGGCUCAGCUGCGGCUAUGCAGCAGUGGGCUUGCUUAAAUGAGGAACUCCCAGCCUGUUCUCAUAUGCAGCCCACAGCACCUGACUAAUAAAAAGCAGACAAACCUGGGAAGGUUUUUCUUGUUCCUCUUGAGCAUGAGGAGGAGUGUCCUGAUGAGGCCUGAGGUUAUAUUAACCUUAGUACCCACAGCUGCUUUAGGUUUGUAUCUCAAAAACCGGGUUUUGUCCCUCUCUGAGAUGCAGUAGCAUCUUGUGCCCAUGAACACCAAGGGAUGGCAUUAGGGGGCAAGCAGCUUGGAAUGGCAGAAGCAUUUGCAAGUCAAGAAGACGGCUUUGUUUCAGAAGUACAGAGGAUUGAAACCAGCCCUCGACCCUUCUUGGUUUUUUUUCUUU